AUGGCACCGGGUCCGCAGCCGCUUCCCGGAGUCUUCAAACAUCCAGACGAAGAAUUAGAACGCGCCUACAACAUAUGCCGCGAAGAAGAGCGCAACGUCGUCCUGCGCCAGGGUCUCGCGGGAGACCAUUCCGAAUCCCGCCUCCUUGUAAACCUGCGUAUCGUUGGUUAUCUAUUCGUGUACGCGCCGAGCGAGAAAGCUCUCCGCCGUCUCGGAGACGAGGUCCUUCUCUGCCAUAGUUCUGCUACGCCAGAGCAUCCUCUACAAAAAUUGCUCAGUGAUCUGGGGCAACAUUACUGCAACCAUUUGCUCUUUCCAUUUAUCACAGUGGAACCCGCGUCUCCUGACUAUUCACGGGAAUCUUCCGGCACGACCUCCGUUGUUAAAUCUAUGGGAAAUAAAGAACGGGGAAGUUUACGGGAGAUUAUCCCUAGAAAUGACUACACAGCAAAAAAAUUCGCUUUACAGCGAGAUAAACGGUGUCUGGCGACUGGGAUAACAGAUGAUAAAUUUGUUGGCCCAACCGAAGACACACGCUGCGAGCUCACGCUGUGUUCCCACAUCCUACCUCAAAUAUCAGGCAUUGGCUUAGAAGACUCAAAAAAGGCGGCAGAGUUCCGGGAUGUACUCGAACACUUUGGAUUUGAAGAACUAUUCCCAGCACACGACGGAGAGAAAUUCCGCUCACCCAGAAACCUUCUCACCCUCUCUCACAAUGCGUACUGCUACUUUAACCACCUCAAGUUAUACUUCGAGGAGACGGAUGUUCCGAACUGUUAUGUCAUUCAAGGCGCGGGGUUCAGUCCCCAGCGCAGGUUCGGCUCUCUCGAAAUGACCACGUUCACGUCCGAUAGCCCAGAUACUCUCCCUUUACCGGAACCCAUAUAUCUUAGGAUUCACGCGGCUUGCUGCAAGGUGGCGUACAUGUCGGGAGCUUCCAAGAUCUUCGACCUCCUGGACAACCAUGACCCAGAUCCAUUGGAGCCAGUUUUCGGAGCGGCUUUGGAUGCACGCCUUAGUCUCCUCAUGCGUGAUCAAUGUGCUAGUUCCUAAGCUAUCAGUGCCUUUCUGCUCCUUACCCUUGUGAGG